GAUAUCUGUAUUUUCGUUUACCAGAUAAAUUUUGUUUAAACAUCCAUACGUUUUUAAACAACGAGAAGAAAAAAAACACAAAAAACCAGCAACAAAAACAUGGACAAAGUUGAGCAACAACCCAACUCGGAAGUAGCAGUGCAGAAAUCUGUUUCACGUGGGUUCGUAAUCGCCCAAUUUGUGUUGCGGAUUUUGAUUAUUGUUUUUACAGUAGUAGCGGUUGCUGUGAUGGCUACUAGUGGUGUUACACUUUCGUUUUUUGGGGUCAAGUUUGGAGCGCAUUAUUAUGACUCUUCUGCUUUCAAGUUCCUCAUGGCCGCGGACAUUAUUGUUGGUGUUCUAGCUUUGUUCUCAAUGCUCGUGUCUAUUUAUUUUGUGUAUCGGAAACCAUCCAAUUCGACUCACCUGUAUUGUUUGUUCUUGCACGAUUUGAUUUUGACGAUGUUGAUGAUAUCUGCCUGUGGAGCAGCAACAUCAAUUGGGUAUGUUGGGAUGUACGGACAACCACAAAGUGCAUGGUUCAAGAUUUGCGAUCGAGUGGGGAAGUUCUGCUUCAGAAUGGGUGUUUCUGUUGGAUUUUCAUAUGCUACUUUCCUUUGCCUCUUGGCUUUGACCGUCAUGACUUCUUACAAGCUACGCAAGGCAUAGUACCCAAGUGCGUACAAAGUGCGGAUUCAGUUGUCACGUUGUUAAUUAAGUUCGACAUAGGUUGUCAACUUGUUAAUUAAGUUCGGAUUCAGUUGUCGCAUUAUUAAUUAAGUUCGGAUUCAAUUGUCACGUUGUUAGUUAAGUUCGGUUUUAGUUGUCACAUUGUUAAUUAAGUUCGGUUUCAGUUGUAACAUUGUUAAUUCAAAUUAUAUUUUUAAUUUUAAUGGAAAGAGAAAUUUUUUUUGAAA